AUGUCGGAAUCCGAAAAUAAGGAGAACCUCUCUGGUCAGGCAGCGUCGGCGGCCUCGUCAGAACUGGGGCGCGCCUUUCCAUCGAAAGUGUUUACAGACCAAGCGCUGGCACCACUUACGGAUACCCAGCAGGCGCUUGGUGAACGUAAGGUUGAUGACGAUGCAGCAUGUCUGGCAAAACAAGGCCAGACACCUGCGGAAAAACUCGUGGUCUGGGAGGCGAUAGACGCCCUCCCGCGGAACACCUUUGUACUGUUGAGUGUCUUGAGCAUCUUCCCUGACGACGAGAAACUCGUGCAGGCAUCGCUCACGCAACUGCUCGAACUCAGUGUCCAGAUUGGCGCGAACCAAGCUGGGGCGUACAACGCAGCCGUCCCCGAAGAGCAGGUCUCGCGAGCGCCGACAACCCCGUCGACAGCUGCACUGGGACUACUGCGAGCGCGCCCGUGCAUCAUUGCACUUGUCGAGACUUUAUUUGAGUCCUGGUCGGGAAAAAACGAGCGGAUUCCCCGUCUUUUAUGCGGAUUCAUUUUCGAUCUGUCAACGGUUGAUGCUGGAAGAGAGGCGCUGGCGGCGCGAUCGCGUCUUCUCGAACUGCUCUGCGAGGCCGUGACAACUGCAUCCGCGGUGCUCCGACAUCCGCUUCCGGCUACAUCGGAUCCGUCUGCUCGUAACGAUGAUCAGCUCUACUCGCUAUAUUAUGCACUGGGAGCACUAGGUAAUAUCGCAGUUGCUGGUGCGCUUACACAGAUGGUGCUUCAGCGUCAGAUCGAUCAGUUCUACCUCUGUGUCCGGGAUCGCGUCGCAGAGCUGAGUGGCGUCUUCGAGGAGUCUCAGCGAGAGGUCCAUUACGCGUCAUCACUGGUGCAUUUGGUGCUCAUCGUGAAGAUUCUUCGGGAAGCAUUGCGGCUGCUUCUCAAUCUUAUGUAUCAUGCAGGUGCGCAGGCCGUACCACGCCAUGUCCAAUCCGGACUCAUUGAUGCCCUGGAGCAAAUUCGAAGCUGGCACGUUGGAGAUACUUCGAUCAUGUCUCUGGGCCUCGAAUCAACCGCUUCUUUAGAGGACGCAACCGUAUCCAAGGCGUCAAUGCCGCCAGUGUUGUGGCAAGCAGCUGCUCGCAUGAUGCCUUUGGUUUCGCGCCUUCAUCGACUUGUUGUCGAGCUCCAAGGUCAGACCAUCAUCACAGAAGCUGUUGACGCUGCCAUCGAUACAACUGCACGUGAACCCAGCACCAUCCCGGUUUCCGGGGUCGAUCAAGAAGAAUCUGCUCCCGGGGUCUGGGGUGCGCCCAUUCUCUUCAUAACCAUCUUUCUCGGUGCGGCAGUGCAUGUGGGCGCGCAUGUUCUGCGUGAUCGUUGA